GUCAGUUCCUAAACCUAGUUCCCUUCACAAGAGGCACCUGAUACAAUUUAUUUCCUUGUUUUCCAUUUUCCAUUUUUCUUAGCAAGCAACAUACUAUAAGUUAAUACAAUACAAUACAGAAUAAUACCCAACAAAUCGCGUUUAUCUCUCUAUCCCUCUAUUGUUUAGGAGACAUUAUACCGACGACUUGGCAAAGUUGACGGUUUGAAUAGAUUUUAAAAUCUAGAUGCGCAUGGCUGAAGAUGAUUGGCCCCUGGCGCCUAUCACUAAGACAUCGCUAUUGUGCUAACACACCCUAUCUACCUGCUACGGCGGCGACGUCUAGCUUGUUAUAUUCAUUUCCAACACCAUGACGCGACGGAUAGUGCGUACCGCUUCCCAGCUCGCCGCUGCUGCGGUUUUCGCAUUCUUCAUCAUCUUCCUUCUCGACCGAAACUUCCGACUCCUCCCUAAUGCCGUCCACGAAUAUAUGCCUCAACAUCACCACGGGUCUAUCGUCACCGAUAUAACGAUUACACAAUGCUCCAAAAUUAAUCUAUUUUCAUCCUGCAAGCUCGACCCUGAAAGAUGGCACCGGGUCGAGAAGAAUCUCUAUUUAGAAAAAUCAUGGGUUUCUAGCGCAUACGUCCACGUCCAAAGGAAGAAGGAGGAGGAACUUACAUCAGACGACAAGGUUGUUAUAGGCGUUACGGUUGGUCGACUGGAUCCUUCGACGGGAGUUAAGGGCCAAGCAGACGAAAAAUGGGAGUCUCGACCAGCCGGAUUGUGGGUUCUUCGAUCUUCGAAACCGACCGCGAGCGAUUCUAAGAAGGCCGUCACGGCGGUUGACGUCCUUUUCGGCGAUGAUGCUGUCGAAGCUCGAGACGGAUGGCAAUUCCAGAACACACCAUUACUACUCGAUGCUGGCUCAGACAUACCAACUGCCCAUAUUACAGUGAGACAGGGGAGCCAAGCCGAACCCGUGAAGCCCCAACCGCGGAUAAAAGACAAUGGAAAAUUCAAGAUCAUGCAACUUGCUGAUCUACACUUGAGCACGGGCGUCGGUCAUUGUAGGGAUGCAGUGCCCGAUGAAUAUGAAGGAGGGGCCUGUUUGGCAGAUCUGCGAACAUUGGACUUCGUUUCGAAGUUAUUGGACGAAGAGAAGCCGGAUUUAGUGGUUCUCAGCGGUGACCAAGUUAACGGCGAUACUGCGCCAGAUGCACAAUCCGCAAUUUUCAAAUACGCCCAACUACUCAUUAAACAUAAAGUUCCAUACGUAUCCAUAUUUGGCAAUCACGACGACGAGGGAUCAUUACCAAGGGCUGGACAGAUGGCUCUUAUCGAACAACUACCUUACUCAUUAUCCGUAGCCGGACCAGAUGAUAUUGACGGAGUUGGAAAUUACUAUAUCGAGAUUCUUGCUCAAGGAACCUCGAAGCAUUCUGCACUUACGGUUUACUUGCUGGAUUCCCAUUCGUAUUCGCCGGAUGAGCGACAAUUUAGCGGCUACGAUUGGAUCAAGAAGAACCAAAUAGAUUGGUUUAAGCAAACAUCAGAUAGCUUGAAGAAAAAACACAAGGAGUAUACUCACAUUCAUAUGGAUAUCGCUUUUAUCCACAUACCUCUCCCGGAAUACACGGAUGCCGAAUCAAUUCGCGUCGGCGAAUUAAGAGAAGGAGUCACAGCUCCGAAGUACAAUUCGGGAUUCCGCGAUGCUUUGGUGGAACAAGGCGUGGUUAUGGUCAGCUGUGGACACGACCAUGCAAAUGAAUACUGCAUGCUUUCAGCCAAUGAAGAGACGAAAAAGCCGGAACUAUGGAUGUGCUACGCCGGUGGAAGUGGAUUUGGAGGUUACGGCGGUUAUGGUGGCUAUGUCCGACGGAUUCGGUUCUUCGAUAUUGAUAUGAACGAAGCCCGAAUUACAACAUAUAAACGCCUGGAAUACGGUGAUACCGCGAGUCAAAUCGAUAAACAAAUCAUUGUGGACGGGGGAAGCGUCAUAGCCCCUAAAGAAUACAGUUAAAAACAAUCGACGGAACUUUACUUAGCUAUCCAAGACUCUAAGGGUUUGGG